GCGGUGUCGUGGUCAUCAGAAGGGGCGGGGCGGAGGUGGGUGUGUGACACAGCUGAUGCACGCAUCCUCUCGAUGCCUCAAUCACCCGAUCUUUGCUACGGGUACUAGCGGCUGCAGCUUUCCCCGACCAGAGCCACACGAGUAGGCCUAGGCUACACUCCCGCUCCACCGUCUCUAUCUGCGAACCUCGAAUCGGACAGCUCGCGGAGGAGCAGUGCUGUGCCUGCCGCUAAUAUGCAUGUCGGCUGGUGCUGCCUCCCUGCCCUCCAUCAUGGCACGUGUGGAGUGUGGGGGGAUGAGUGAGGGGGGGCGCCCCCAGGGCAUGGGAAUUGUGGCCAGCGGGGUAUUCUCAACCAACACCUCUGGCCAGCAGCAAUAGCAGCAGGAGAUCACCAUGCGGAGCGUGGGCACCCGCACCACCCAGCAGAACAGCCUGCCUCGUGCCCCCCCACCACCCCCCUCCACUUCCACCCACAGGGGCAGGGGCUUGGAAGAUAGGAGUUACAGCAUCGAGAGGUCCUCUCAGCAACCUCCUCCCCUGACCCAUGCUAAGGGGACUACGGCUGACGAACGAAGCUUUGCCACAGUGGAGCACUCUUCUUCUUACUACGGCAGCGAGCGUCCUCUGCCGCUCUGCGAGAGAGCAGAGCGAGAGAGGCCCCCCGCCCAUAACAAUGGAAGCAGACAAGUCUCCAAUGGAAAUAGGGGCGUUUCCAAUGGGAACCGAGCAGCGGUGGGUAACAGUGAGAGGCAGGUGUCCAGUGCAGUGUUUUUGAAUGGAGGCGGGCGGUGUGAUGGGCGGGACCAGAGGGAUGGGGGGCGAGAAGUGCAGAGAGGGGCAGUGAGUUUGGACGUUUGCGGGAACAACGAGGUCUCGCUGAACAAUGAUCGAAACAGUAGCCAACAACUAGCUCAGUACAAAGAGGCGGGCGCCAGCGCAGCCAAACUGGAUAACCAUAACAACCCCCCCAACAUCCUCCCCAUCUCUGGGAAGCUGGAGAAGGUUCAGAGCAACGAUGGAUUGGUCCGCCCCUCUGCCUUCAAGCCUGUAGUGCCCAAGAGCUUCCAUUCCAUGCAGAAUCUGGUGUGCCCCCCCCAGACCGGAAGAGGGGGCCGCAGCCCCGGAGGAGGGGCCGGAGGUGGGGCUGGAGGUGGUGGGGGUCCCAGUCUACCUGGACCCCUCAGAGAGACAGACGGCUCUGGCAGCCAGGGUGGAGGUACCAGAGGCGGGGGAGGUGGUGGCAGUAGGGGUGGAGGUCAGGGGAGCCUCUCCGACUCAGGGAGGAACUCUCUAACCAGCCUGCCCACCUACGCUGGCUCCAGCUCGGGCUACGGGCCCCCUCCUGUCCUAGGGCCUCUGAGUGCCUCCACCAGCCACAUCAACCGCCUGGGGACCACAGGGGCCCUGGAGAAGAUGGACAAGCCUGGUGGCGUUAGCGGUAAUAGUGGAUACCAGAAUGGACUGAGUACCUCGGAUAGUGGUCGCUCCUCCUCUGGGAAGAGCUCCUCAUCCUAUCAGAGGCUCAGCCACCUGAGUGAUGCCCCCCCGCCCCUCCGCCCCUCGCCCUCCUCCGAUGACGUCAUCCAGGACCUGGAGGAUCGGCUAUGGGAGAGAGAGCAAGAGGUGCUCCACAUGCGCCGUAAUCUGGACCAGAGUGAGGCGGCCAUCGUCCAGGUGUUUGAGGAGAAGCAGCGCGUGUGGGAGCGCCAGAUGGACGAGCUGCGGCAGAAUUAUGCCUCACGCCUGCAGCAGGUGACGCGUCGCGCCCAGCGCUCCCAGAGUGCCUUGCAGGCCCAGAUCACCCGUCUGUCGCAGGACAAGCGACGGCUGCAUGAGGAGAUGGCUGCGCUGCUGGCCCAGAGAGAGGAGCUGGAGAGGAAGUGCCUGGACUACAGGAAGGAGCAGGCUGACAUCCUGCCACGCCUGGAGGAGACCAAAUGGGAGGUGUGUCAGAAGGCAGGGGAGAUCUCCCUGCUGAAGCAACAGCUGAGGGAGAGCCAGGCAGAGGUGACCCAGCGGGCGGGGGAGAUGGUGGCCCUGCGGGGGCAGCUGAAGGAGGCCAACGCCCAGUUGAGGGACUGGGAAGAGGCCAUGUUGGGCCUCAAGGACUCCUACAGCACCAAGAGCCUGGAGCUGGAGCGCUGCGAGGGGGAGCUGCAGAAGACGCUGACCGAGGUCUCUCAGCUGAGGGACAAGCUGGGAAUGUUUGAGGCUGAGGUGGUAGGGCUGAAGCGGGCCCUGGGUGAGCUCAAUGUGAGGGAUAGGGCUGUCGAGGCUAGUGGUGGAGGGAGCAGGGAAGCAUCCAGGACCAGAGUGGGGCUUCCCUCGCCACACAGCCCACCUGAAGGCUCCGCCUUCUCCUACCCGGCCCUGCCUCCACCCCCCGUCCCCCCCCCAGAUGCCAUACUGAGUUUGCAGAGCGAUGAGGUUCAGUGCCAGGAUGCCCACCAUCGCCAGGAGGCUCACAUGCGUCAGGAAGCUCAUCAGCGUCAAGAGGCCCAACUGCGGCAGGAAAUCCACCAGCAGCGCCAGGAGGCCCACCAGCAGUGGGAGGAGGCAGGGGACCUGCGCCGGCAGCUGGAGCACCUCCAAGGCGAGCUGCGUCUGGAACGACAGCAGCGUGAGCGACAGGCACUCACCUUCAAGAAGGAGCGCCAUGUGUGGAUGGACGAGAAAGAGCAUGUGCUCAAGUACCAGGCCCAGCUGCAGCUCAGCUAUGUGGAGACCCUGCAGAAGAACCAGGCCCUGGAGCUUCGCGUGGGCCAGCUGGGCUCCAAGCUCACCUCCACCAACACCACCCCUCGCCCACCUCACCACCCCCACUGUCCCCCAUCCCCCUGCCUGCCCCCGUCACUCCCCUACCCUCCCUCUCUCUCUCCCCACCUCCCCUUGCUGAGGACAAGAAGCUCCCUCCCGCCCUCCACCAGCUGGCCCCUCCCUGGCCGGUACUCACCCGUCUGGAGAGGAUAGAAUCCACAGAGAUCUAGAUUCUAUGUGCUCUAGAUCCAUAAUGCUCCAGAACACUACAGAGCCGUUCAAUUCAGCUUAUACACACUUUUAUAAUAAUUCAACAGUAUCACAUAUCAAUAGCAUUCAUUUUGUAGUCCUAAAUAGUUGUACUCACUGCUACCCCGGGGCGGUCCUAGGACGCACUGCACUACGGAUGGCAGAUAGAGGCAUGGAGGACCAUUGAGGAAGGAAAAGAACAGUUUACUCUGGUUUUAAAAGAUGCUCUUCAAUCCACCCUGUAUGCAGGUUUUAGUUCUAUUGAUCGGCAAUCCACUGAACAUUUAGGUUGGGGUGAAUUUUGGGAUCAAGAGUAGCACACUAUUGGAAAAGCUAUUGUUGCAUUGACAUUAGCAUGAAAUGAAAUGAAUAUAUUAUAAAGCGAAGAAGUCUGGGAGAAAGAUUCUCCUCAAGGCAGCCUCUAGAAA